UUUCUUUUGACAAAAGGAUGAAGUCUCUAUCUGUCAGGGAAGCCGAGAUAUUGCAAAAUAAAAAAGGUCUUCAACUUUUGAACAGCACUUUUUAUAUAAAAAUUAAACCGGUCCUGAAAGGGUUAAAUAGCUGAAAGGUGUUGUUUAAUUUAUCUGAUUAGUUUCAUGACAGCUAAUAUACAUAUUGAAUCGAUCAUUUCUUAUUCCUAUUAGAAAUAUUAUUUCUUCUAUUUUCUAGACAAGAAGAUGAAAAACAACGUACGUUAGAGCAAGAAGCGGAACAAAAUAGAAAAAAACAAGAAGAAGAAGUGAUAAAAUUAGAAGAAAUUAAAAAAAAACGAGAAGAACAACAAAAAAAACAAAUACAAGACGCAUUAAAUCAACAAACAUAUCCUCAAUUCAAAGCAUACGCUGAAGAACAACAUCGUGAUAAUUCUCAAGCUCAAGAAGAUUUAAUUAGACAAUUACAAGAGCAACAUUUUCAGCAGUAUAUGAGUCAAGUUUAUCAACAACAAUUAAUUCAUCAACAACAACAAAUAAAAGCAACAUCUGCCUUAGGAGCUAUCACUCAAAGUAAACAACAGCAACAAUCGUCCGCUGUUAUGCAAAAUAAAACAAAUUCCCAACAAUUGAAUACUAAUGGUGGUGGUGAUAAUGAUCAACGAAAAAUAGAAAAAAUUCAAUCUCAAUUUCAGUCUAUAGAUAUAGAUAAUAGUACAACUACUUCUCAAUCAUCAAUACCAGGAACAUCUACGUAUCAAACAUCAUCAACCGAUUUGAGGAGUCCACAAUCAAUAUCAAAUUCACAAAAUGAUGGUUUAGAUGUCUUACCUAUGUCUUCAGCGACUAAAAUUGAUGAAACUGAUCCAAAUUCACAAUCAACAAGUGAACAACAAUUGCAAGAAGAAGAAAUUGUUCGUGAAUAUCCUCCCAUUGCUCCAGCUAAUAUGUGGACUCGUAAAGACAUCAAAGAAUUUAAAGAACAUGUACGAAAAGAGAAAGACGCUGUUAUUAAAAUUGGUAGUGGUGAAACAGUGACUGUUCGUGUACCUACUCAUGAAGAUGGUCGAUGUAUAUUUUGGGAAUUUGCCACUGAUUAUUAUGAUAUUGGUUUUGGUCUGUAUUUUGAAUGGACAAAAGCUCAAUCAAAUACAGUCACUGUUCACGUCAGUGAUUCAAGUGAAGAGGAAGAGGAAGGUGAAGAAGGCGUUGAGAAAAAAGAUAUUGAAAAAGGAAGUAAAGCACAAAAACCCUAUCAAGAUGAAAUCAUUCCAAUUUUUCGUCGUGAUUGUCAAGAAGAAAUAUACGCUGGAAAUCAUCCUUAUCCAGGUCACGGUGUUUAUUUAUUGAAAUUUGAUAAUUCAUUUUCAUUAUGGCGUUCAAAAACAUUGUAUUAUCGUGUUUAUUAUAGUCGUUGA